CAGUGACGUGUAGCUCCUGCUGCCUCAACCAAGAUGUCCGCGCGCUGGUGACGCCUGUGUACGGGGCGUCAGUGGGGUCAGCCACAACUCUUCUGCGAGAGCAGCACGGUGUUUCCCGUUCGUCUAUCCCGCUAGUGCCGUGUGUCAUGGCUCAGGGUGCGGGGAAGCUCAAGGCGAAAGCCAAGAAAAAUACUGGGAAGAAGCCGGCGAUUGUACGGAAGGGAGCGCGAAUGAUUGCACCCAAAAAGUCUCGUAUAAUACACCAGCAGAAGCUGAAGAAGAACCUGGAGGUACAGAUCCGGAACAAGAUAGAGCAUGACGUCACCAUGAAAGCCAGCGCAAACAUGCAUAAGAAGCUCUCCGUGCUGAAAACCCCCCAGCAGGACAAGAAAGGGAAGAAUGACUUAGUUGCAGGAAACAAGUCUUAAGCCGAGGGUCCAUGCUUCAAUGUAGGCGCCACUGGCCGGGUAUUCAUCGGGUCUCCACAUCGCCAGCUUUGUACAUACGUUAUUUGUCCAUUGGAAUCUUAAUAAAAUUUGUAUUCUCUAAAA